AUGAAGUACUCAGCCGUCGCUCUUCUCGCCCUUGCCCAAGGCAUUGUCGCUAUCCCGUCCCUGCUGGGGCAGAUCAAGCAGAGCCAGUCCAAGGCUCUGGUGCCUGAUCAGGAAAUAUCCCAUAGUCUUUCUAUCAAGCUUUCGCAGAUACCUAUGCACAGGGACAUGCCCCACACCAAGAAGGAGAAUGUAUGCUGGCUCCUAUGCGCUUCUGAGGAGAUUCAGUGCCCAGACGAGUGGUACUCCUCUCACCAAGUUAGAUCACCUUAUUGA